GUUGUCAAACAACAUCUGUUCGCAAUUGUCAAUGGUAUUUGUGAUUCGCCGCCUAGCGCCCUCAAACUUUUCCAAAUUAUUCGAGUUCAGAUUUACUAUAUAUCCUGAUCAAUUUCCCAUCACAAAUCUGGAUAAAACAAAAUUUUUUAGAAAUUAACACAUAUAAAGCGAAAGCUCACACAAUUUUAGUUCAAAUGACAAGGUCAAAUAUUGAAUUGGGCGAUGUAACGCCACACAACAUUAAACAAUUGAAAAAACUCAACACCGUCGUAUUUCCUGUAUCAUACAACGAAAAGUUCUAUAUUGAUGUCCUCGAAGCAGGUGAAUUGGCCAAAUUAGUAUACUAUAAUGAUAUCGUAGUGGGUGCAGUUUGCUGUCGUAUUGAUACUUCCGAAAAUCAACGACGUCUAUACAUAAUGACUUUGGGCUGUUUAUCAUCAUAUCGCCGUCUUGGUAUUGGCACUGUGAUGUUCCAACACAUUCUCAAUUAUGCCGAGAAGGAUGGCAAUUUCGACAGUAUCUUUCUGCACGUGCAAAUCAAUAACGAAGGUGCUAUAGCGUUUUAUAAAAAAUUCGGUUUUGAAAUUGUUGAAACAAAAGAACAUUAUUAUAAACGCAUUGAGCCUGCGGACGCAUAUGUAUUACAAAAAACUUUACGAAAUACAAAUAGUAAUACUAGUGGCGCUAAUAGCAAUCAUAUUCACAAUCAUGCUGCUCAUAGUAACGGACAUUUGGACAAAAAGGAAAAGAAAGCAUAAUAAGCAGUUUCCUGUUAAGUGGAAGAGUACAAUUUGCAUUCGCCAAUAUUGUAUGCUUAUAUGGGCAGUUUUAGUUAUAUAAAAAUACAAUAAAAAAGAAAGAUACAAAUUAAAAAAAAAAAAA